AUGACGACUUCCUCGUCCACCAAGCACUGGCUCAGCAGCCCUGUAGGAGCAAAUCUACUCUCCCAAAUCGGUGGCGAUCCAGGAUUACCACAGCCACUCCCAACUACAUCCUCAUGGCAGCUCCCAGCUCACCCCGAAGUAGCCAGUCUACAGUCAGAGCAACUGCCUCCCGCCACAGACUUCCUCGUCAUCGGAUCCGGGAUCGCUGGAUGCGGAGUUGCCAGAACCCUGUUGUCUCGAUCCAAGUCAGCCAAAGUGACCAUUUUGGAGGCUCGUACAUUGUGCAGUGGUGCAACAGGCCGCAAUGGAGGUCAGCUCGUCAAGCCGUACGCUCCACGAUUCGCCCAACUGGCCAAGGACUUUGGGAUCGAGACUGCUGUGCAGGUAGCCAGACUGGCAUUGUAUACACUGGAGGAGAUGCAUGGGCUUGCGCGCUCAUACGACGCAGACCUUCAAAGGGAGGCCAACGCUCGAAGAGUGGUGAAGCGCGUAGUCUAUAUGGAUCAGAAGUCCUGGGAGGAAGCUGAGGCUGCGGUGGACUUAUACGAGACUCAUGUGCCAGAGGAGAAGGGGUCGAUUGAACGGGUUCCGUUGUCACGGAUCGAAUCGGAAUGGAAUGUCAAGGGAGGCUUUGGAGGGUAUCAAUUCAACGCCGGAGUCUGCUGGCCGUACAGACUUGUCACGGGUGUCUUCAAGCGUCUUCGAGAUCAGUACCCAGACCGAUUGAGCAUCGAAACCAAAACGCCCGCAACCCAGAUUCUUUAUGAUAAUACUACUCCUGAGUAUCCUUACCAAGUAGUCACGCCACGCGGAAUCAUCCACGCACGCAACGUGAUAUACUGCAAUAACGGCCACGUAGGACAUCUGCUCCCCAGACUGAGGGGCAAGAUCUGGCCCAUGCGUGGCACGAUGUCCGCUCAAGAAGUUCGUCCUAGCUUUCCAGACUACAGCAACGAGUACUCCUGGAGCUUCCUGUCGAACAUGGCAUAUGAUGCUACUUCGAAGACAAUCAACAUGGGCUGGUGGUAUGGCUUACAGAAUGCACCCAAUGGCGACUUCUGGAUCGGUGGCGAGAACAAAAGAGUUGAGGAUAUAUGGACGGCCGAUGAUUCUGUGAUUGGCGACCACAACCGUGCUUCGGUUGAGAACAUUCUCCCCAAAGUCUUCAAUGACAAGGUGGUUCCAUCGAAGCCGCGCAUCCGGGGGAUGUGGACAGGCGUUAUGGCAGCCACCGCUGAUGCUCUGCCGUUUGUCGGUAGACUGCCGUCGAGUGUGACUGACCGGCCUGGUACUGGUGAAUGGAUUGUGGCUGGAUGGAACAGCUACGGCAUGACCAAUGGUCUGACAUGUGGCGAGGCUCUCGCGAGGAUGGUACUCGGAGGGGAUGCUCCGGCCUGGUUCCCGAAAGUAUACUUGCCAACGGAGCAGCGACUGAAUGCGGCCAACAUGAGCUCCGAGGCGGCCACGAUGCAGUUCCUUGAGGAGUCGGGUAUAGGUCGUACUUUAGAAUCGCCUGAGGUACUUCAAGCAAAGCUCUAG